CAUUCAAUUUUCAGUUCACAUCGAACGCGAGAACUGUGCGGACGUGCAAGCGGCAGCGGCAAAGUUCGGCCUAAUAACAACACAAGUAACGCAACAACAAAAAACCACGCGCUCCCCAACUUACACGUUCCGCGCUGUCUCUCUCACUCUCGCUCACAAUCAACAGCAACCUCAACAGGCGCCUACAAUUUCCCCAAAAAAAAAAAAAUAAUAAUAAUAAUAAUAAAAAAACUUAAUUAAAACAACAAAUCAAGCAAUUAGUAAAAAGACUUUUGUGCCUCUUCCCCCUUGACUUUGUGUACGUCGGCUAUUGUCGUACCCCUUCAUUUGGCCCGCGCCCCCUUUAAGCCCUCCAACAAAAACUGCACUUGCACUGCCCACCGCCUGAAGACGCCGCGCGUUAAAUAAAUGAACAAUAAAAAACCAAAAAAAAAUAUAUAUAUAUAUAUAUUACAAGCAACAACAAAAAAAUACUAAACAUAUUUAAGUCAAAAAGAAAGGCUGCCAACUUGAAUUGCAAUUGUCAAUUGUGUGCCUAACUGAACAGUUAUAAACACACAUAUAUAUAUAUAUAUACAUUUGUUUGUGUGUGUGAUUUUUUUUUUGCAUUUUUGUUUGGGUUCUGUUUCCUCGCAGAAAUUCAAAAGUCCUGGAUUAUUUUGAAUUUGGAGGUAAAUACAAAUGCGGUAAAAGACAAAAAGUGUGCGUAUUAAUGCAAAAUUAACGAAACAUAACGGGCCACACACACACACACACACACAUACACAUUACAAUCAAACAGCAAAAGCAAAGUGAAAUCUCACGCAGCGGCAGCGCAGCACGCAGCGUGUCGAGUCAAGACCAGACACACGCACACAUACACACGCACGCACGCACAGACGCGCGCGUGUUGUAAUUGCAAAAAAACAAAAAAAAACACAAAAAAAAAGUUGCUUCCUGUCGAAUCCAAAAAUUUUCUAAAAACAAAGUGUGCUCUUAAAAAACACGCACCAAGACAUUUUACUGAGAGAGAGAACAUUAAACUAAAAACAUUAAAAAAAAAAAAAAUAAAAAUAAAAUAAAAUUUUAAAAAGUGAAAAACAAUAUAAAAACAAAUAAAAAAUACAAACAAAAAUAAACAGACACUGUGACGCGGCAUAUGAACGAUUUGUGGUUUACCUUGUGUGCAGUGGGAAGAAGCAGCAGCAGCAGCUACAACAACAACAACUAAACAAGAAGAAGCAGCAGCAGCAACAGCAAAAGUUAAAAGAAGAAGAGAGAAAGAGAGACUUGAAAGAGUCCACAGCAGAGCUUUGAAUGCGUUUCAGACGCACACACUUGCAAACGCAGUCGCGCACGCACACACACACACACACGCAGACACAGACACACACACAGACACAGGCACAUCGCACAAUGACCUUGCCCACAAAUACAAACGCAGCGAACGGCAGCGAUGAUGACUCGGACAUGUUUGGACCGCCGCGCUGCUCGCCGCCAAUUGGCUAUCAUCAUCAUCGGUCGCGCGUGCCAAUGAUCUCGCCCAAGCUGCGUCAGCGCGAGGAGCGCAAACGCAUCCUGCAGCUGUGCGCCCACAAGCUGGAGCGCAUCAAGGACUCGGAGGCGAACUUGCGGCGCAGCGUUUGCAUCAAUAACACCUAUUGCCGACUCACCGAUGAGCUGCGGCGCGAGAAGCAAAUGCGUUACCUCCAGAAUUUGCCAAAAACCGAAAACAGCAGCACGGAAUUGGCGCGUGAGAACCUCUUCCAGCCGAACAUGGACGAUGCAAAGCCGCUCAACAACAACAACAACAACAACAACAACAACAACAACAACAACAACAAAUCAACGUACGGCGAUGUCAACGGGGCACGCACAAUUUGCUCGAUUGAGAACCAUCAAUCGGCGCAGCUGAUGCGUCACGGCGGUGCCACGGCCAAUUCACAUGGCAACGGGAACAGCAUGAUAUCCAGCUCCUCCUCCUUCUCCUCCUCCUCCUCCUCCUGCUCCGCCUCCUCCUCCAACGCCUCGAUUGUGCCCGUUUCUGCCGCAGCCGCGGCCGCAGCCGCCGCUGUGGCGGCACGCAAACGUCAAUUGUCCAACAGUAAUCUGGUUAACGAUCUGGAGAUAUUAGAUCGUGAGCUGAGCGCAAUAAAUGCACCGAUGCCGCUUAUCGAUCCGGAGAUAACACAAGGUGCCGAACAGCUGGAGCGAGCAGCUCUGUCGGCGUCAAGGAAGCGUUUGCGCAGCAACAGCGAGGACGAGAGCGAUCGGUUGGUGCGCGAGGCGCUCUCACAGUUCUAUAUACCGCCGCAGCGUCUCAUAUCGGCCAUCGAGGAUUGUCCAUUGGAUGUUGUGGGUCUCGGCGAGCAGCAGCAGCAGAGCUGCAACAGCAACAGCAAACGGAUCAAGCUGAGCAACAGCAGCAACAGCAGCAUCAGCACAGCUGAUCACUUGGAGCUGGUCGAUUUUGAUAUGAAUCAGAAUCAAAAGGAUUUCGAGGUGAUCAUGGAUGCACUGCGUCUGGGCACACCGACCCCGCCCAGCAGCGGCAGCGAUUCGUGCGGCCAGGCGGCCAUGAUGAGCGAAUCGGCGAGCGUCUUUCACAAUCUGGUUGUCACCUCGCUGGAGACAUGAAAGUAUCAGUAAUGCGUUACACAUAAGAAGGGAGA